AUGGGGCCAGGGAGUAAUAUGACUUUCAAGUGCAAGAGGCCAGAGCAUGAUGCUUUAAUUCCCCAGGAAUGGACAUAUCUUCUGCUCAAGGAGGGCGAUCCACAGCCCUUACAGAACCAAACCACGCCCAGCUCCUGGGCUUAUUUCAGCCUCCUGUUUGUGACAACUCAGGAUUCUGGGAACUAUAGUUGCAAGUAUUUUGGAUCCAAGAACCCACAAAGAGAGUCAGAGGCCAGCACUACUCUGGAAAUCUGGGAGAAAGGUUCUCUCCCCAAGCCCACUUUCUCAGCUGAGACAGCACUUAUCAUGGCCACAGGGAGCAACAUGACUUUUGAGUGCAAGAGACAAGACAAUGAUGCUUUAGUUCCUCAGCUAUGGACCUACCUUCUUCUAAAGGAAGGCAAUGCCCGGCCCUUACAGAAACAAGUCACAAUCAGGUCCUGGGCUUACUUCACCCUACAGUUUGUGACAACUCAGGAUUCUGGGAAUUAUAGCUGCAAGUACUUUGGAUCCAAGAAUCCACAAAGAGAGUCAGAGGCCAGCACUGCCCUGGUCAUCAGGGUGAAGGGACCUCUCCCCAAGCCCUUGCUCUCAGUUGAGACAGUCCUCAUCAUGGCUCCAGGGAGCAAUCUGACUCUCAAGUGCAAGAGGCCAGAGAAUGAUGCUUUAAUUCCCCAGCAAUGGACAUACCUCCUGCUCAAGGAGGGCAAUCCACAGCCCUUACAGAAGCAAAUCACAUCCAGCUCCUGGGUUUAUUUCAGCCUACUGAUUGUGACAGCUCAGGAUUCUGGGAAUUAUAGCUGCAAGUACUUUGGAUCCCAGAACCAAAAAAGGGAACCAGAGGCCAGCAGUGCCCUGGACAUCAGGGUGAAAGACUCUAUCCAGACAGCUUAUACUGUGAUCAAUCUUACUCGUAUCAUCCUGGCUGCAUUGAUUCUUGCUGUCACUGUUAUGCUUUUGAACAAUGACUGUCACAGCCCAAGGAGUUGA